AUGAGUAGACGACGACAAGCAAAAGUAACUUCUGGAAUUCAAAUUGAAAAACCCGAACAGCCAGAAUUGGCUGAACAUGAUGCAUCAAUUUUGGAUCUUGCGUUUGCAAUGGACUGCACUGGAUCGAUGGCUUCAUAUAUUGAAAGUGCUAAGAAUAACAUACGUGCAAUUGUUGAAGAAAUUGUGAGAAGUGAAAAGAGUGACAUUCGUUUAGCAUUGGUCGAAUAUCGUGACCAUCCUCCACAGGUGAGUUUGUAUAGUAUGUAA